UGAGGGGACCGGGCAGGACUUGAGAGGCUUGAGAGGGACGGGCAGGGCUGAGGGUGUGAGGGGGCCGGGCAGGACUUGAGGGACGUGAGGGGGCCGGGCCGGGCCGGCUGAGGGUGUGAGGGGGCCGAGCGCGGCUCCUGCGCCUUUGUGGCGCUGUCCCCGCCGCUCGUUUUGUCGCGCUGUGUCGCAGCGUGGUGGCGGAGCAGCUCAUCCUGCUGCUCUUAUCCAGACAAGGCUCCGUCCUGUGGGCUCUGCCGCCGCCUCCCUGCCGAGAUCCGGCUGCUUUGGGGUCACUGCUGCCAGCUGUCAUUAGUCUUUAAUGAAUUUAGAGUUCUCUAAGAUUUCUUCUGUAGGCUCUGAGUGCAGAGCGCUGUGGGAAUUGCCGGUGAAAGAUCCUUUUUAUUCAUGACCAAGGUGGAUGUGGCUCCCGGGGGAGAGGCCCCUCAGGUGGGCUCUCUGUUCUACAAAAGCCUUGACGUGCCACUCCCAGGCUGGCUCCAGGCAUCAGAGAAAGGAGAACACGGUAUAAUUUUGGCUGAAGUGCUCAGCUUCAAGACUUCACUUUUUUCGUUACAGCUUGGAGGGAUAUGAAGCCAGUUGGAAAAGUGCUUUGUGCUACAGGGGUUGUAGCUGGGCUCAUAGCUUUCUUCUGGAAAGAUGACUUUAACCCAGAGAGCCUGUCUGGUGCCCGUGUUCUUGUGACUGGAGCCAGUGCUGGGAUUGGAGAGCAGAUAGCAUAUCACUGUGCCAGAUUUGGUGCUGAAAUUGUGUUGACUGCCAGAAGGGAAGCUGUGCUGCAGAAAGUGAUGGAGAAAUGCCUGACGCUUGGAGCAAAGAAGAUAUUUUAUAUCCCUGCAGAUAUGUCUUCUCCUUCAGAGCCUGAAAAGGUGGUUCAGUUUGCUGUCCAAAAGCUGGAUUUAGAGUUUUCCUGUAGAAUCACCCUGGUGCCAGGCUUUGGGGCCAUGGAAACGAAGAGCUGUUUUCUUGAUUCAGUCUUUUUCAUUCAGGUGAAUUUUUUGAGUUAUGUGGCUCUUGCAACAGCAGCUCUUCCCACCCUGGAGAAGAACAGAGGUGUUCUGGUGGUUGUUUCUUCCCUCACAGGGAAAAUGCCCACUCCCUUCACCACUUCUUACUCUGCCACCAAGUUUGCACUGGAGGGAUUCUUCAGCUCCCUGCGCCACGAGCUCAUCAUGCAGAAGAGAGAUGUGUCAGUCACACUGUGCAUCCUGGGCCUGAUUGAUACUGAGUCAGCACUGGAGUACACCAGGGGCAAAGUGCACCUCAGUGCCUGCCCCGCUCCCGAGGCCGCGCUCGCCAUCGUCCGGGGCGGAGCCGCUCGGGCACACGAGAUUUUCUACCCGCGGUGGCUGCAGCAGCUCUGCUGCCUCUGGGCUCUGGUCCCCAGCAGCGGGAACCAGGUGCUACGGACUUUCUAUAACUACAGCAGUCCCUGAGGGAUGCCCAGUCUCAUCCUAUAGCCCUUCUAAUCACAUUCCUGCCAUCCCACUAAGCAUCCCACUCAACCACUGCUGUGAAGCAGGGCAGCAGUGGUGGCAAAGUCCCAUUUUCCUAACAUGACUCAUGGUCUGUCAUCGUGCUUCAGCCAUGGUUCUGCUGCUGUUACCCAUCAGUCAGAGAUCUUUCCCACUUUCACUCUGCCUUAGCCCUCCUCCCAUCUCCCCUCCUCCUUCAGCCUCACCUCACUUUGACAGCAUCCAGCCUUUGCUCAGCCCCAGCUUUAACCCCCGUCUGUCUGCACAGGAUGUCCUGGAAUGGCUGUACAUUCCUGGGACAUCCUUCCUCCACUACUUUUGGAUCCCAU